UCCACCCUAUGCGACAAUCAGUUCAAUACUCCGACGUGUCGACCCCAGAAGCGAAGCUCAUUUUCGCCUCUCUGUGCACUGGAUCGUCGCCCCUCCGGCGAUCCACGUGUCAGGCAGCGCUCACCAUGACACCCGCUUACUCAAUCCCUACGUGAGAUCGGCGUACAACAGGCAGCCACCUGUACACACUCUCUCGAUACACCGUAUAAAUACGCCCCAAAUUGUUUUCGACAGUAAUUUCAUACCCCUCGUAGAAGAUUCUAAGGACAAAUGGAAGAAUCUUCGGAUGUCCCGGCGGAUGAACAGGAGCAUAACAUCAUAGUAUCCGCCCUCAAGCACGUGUUAACUUUCGGCCACGAGGGUGGCCCCUCCGAGGCCCAGAACGAGCCUCCCGCCUCAGUGCUGGCCCUCCCGGAUGGUGCCAUGUGCCAGCAGUGCUGGAUCGGCGGCUGCCUCGGGUGCAACUACUUUCCCCAAGAUGGUACCACCGACCGCGUGAAUGUCCGUAGCGAUGUCGGUAGAGGUGCCAGGGCCAGGGCCAGGCAGGCGAACAAUGGUGGCGGGGGGAAUGGCCGGGCAGUGAAGAGGAAUUACCGGGGCGUGAGGCAGCGGCCAUGGGGGAAGUGGGCGGCGGAGAUCCGGGACCCCAGGAGGGCGGCCAGGGUCUGGCUCGGGACCUUCGAGACAGCUGAACAAGCGGCCCGAGCAUAUGACAGGGCGGCGAUAGAGUUCCGUGGGGCCAGGGCCAAGCUAAACUUCCCGGACUCUGAGGCCAAGGCACGUGCACCGGGGGACGGAGUUGUGCCGAACCGGAAUGGGACCAGACAAUGCGCUCAGAAGGAGGCGAGCAGUGAGACUGUGGGUCCAGAAGCCAGGGGCGAGGGGGAGAAGGUGGGGAGUGGUGAUGAGUUCUGGGAGAUGUUUGAGAGGGAGGAGCUAAAGGACUGGAUGGCGAUAUAUAAUAAACUGUCGAGCCAUUGACAUUA